AUUAAUGGAGGCUGGUCCUCAUUUGGGGCAGCAUCACUCCCUGGCACCGUCCUUGUUCGUGAAAAUCCAUAGUGCUGAAGGGCAGAGCUAUGAAGCAAUGGCGAUGAUUUCUGGUGCUUGCAGCAGCCAGUUGGGCCAGCAAUCGGAAGGAGUUGUUGUUGCGCUCGUCUCCUAUCACGUGAUUUUGAAUGCUGUGGUGAAAGCUUUGGGAGGAUCAACUCCUUAUUCACUGCGUAUGGUUGAUGGUCCGUAUGUGGCGACGGGUUUUGUGGUUAUUCAGUUAGCAGGUCAGAUUGAUGAUUUGACUCUCCUUGAGGCGACGGGGUUAGCAUCGAUGACUAAGGACGGGGCAGAGGAGGCUGCAGCUAAAGCACUGAUUGUUGCAGCAAAACGGGAUUUUGGUGUUGUGGUGAAGGAUUUUAACCUUAGUUCUAUAGAAGUUCUACGCAAGGAGAACGAAGAUCUGCAUAGGAUCAAUCAGCUGCUUAGGUCUGGAUGGGCUCUGUUACUUGAUGAUCUUGAGACACUUCAGAAGACUCUGGAAGAGAUCACCAUUGAUGCUGUCAGUGGCUCUCCCAGGAAUUCUAUUGCUGUGCUUGCUCAUGGAGCUGCCGUCUGGGCUGAAGAGAACAUUUGGGAUGGCACCGCUGCACUGGAAAAGCUAUCAAGGGACUUCAUGGAUGAGAACUGAGACAACUUGUGGGCAGCGCCGUUUAGAUUUUGUGUGGCCGUGUGUUUGGUAGUGUGUAAGGUGUAGCUAUGGUUUGUAUGUUUGAAUAUGGGUAGGGAAGUCUGCUUGUCCCUGAAAUGUAAUAUAAGAAACAUGUGUAAUGUAUCUCUCUUUGUGGCUAUAUGAAGCAGCACUCUUUGUUU